AUUGUCGGUGUUAUCGGGAAUGGCUUAGUUAUUUUUGUGAUUUUGAUUGAUAGGAAAAUGAGAAAAUCCGUCACGAAUAUAUUUAUUAUGAAUUUAGCCAUUGCUGAUUUUUUGAUUAUGACUUUUGGAAUACCGGAACUGGUACAGUUUAUAUUGAAUCGUGGAUGGCUAUUAGGGGAAGGGCUGUGUCGGUUUAACAGAUUUACACUAGUUGUGUCGCUGUACGCAUCUGUGAUGUCGCUGGUUUCAGUCUGUAUUGAACGGUUCGUGGCGAUAGUGUUUCCAAUCAAAGCUCACAUUUUGUGUACAAGAAAGAAGAUUAUUUGUAUAAUAAUGUUAAUUUGGCCAGCAGCAGUUUUUUGUGGACUGCCCACAGUUUUGUUUAACAGGGUUAUCCCUCUUAGACCAGGCCACGAAAUAGCCUUGUGUCAGUUAAUUUUUCCCUAUAAUCACCUUUCUGUGUUUUUAUCCUUCAAAUAUGUGGAAAGUGGUAUUUUCUAUUUUUUACCCAUUUUAACUCAAGUUAUUCUGUACUGUGUCAUUGGUCGAAAACUUUACGCCAGCACAGAAGAACUGUGCACAAGGUUCCAAAUGAGACAAAAUGCUAAAAAUCAGACGGAUCGUGCCAGUGAGACAAUUCGUGCCAGGAAAGGUGUAGUGAAGAUGUUAAUAGCAAGUGUUGUGAUUUAUUUCAUAAGUUACUCUCCAAUCCAAAUCCAUCUUUUAUACAACACCUUCUCCGAUAGUCCACUUCCGGCGAGCUGGAGUUUUCUCGUGUUUGUUAUGACAAUGACCCACGUCAAUUCAGCAGCCAAUCCAAUUCUUUAUUGUAUCUUCAGCCAGAAUUUUCGCCGAAAUUUCAAAAAGUGUUUA